ACUACUGGGGCAGGGGUCAGGUAUCCGCUCCCCUCAGCCGCCGCCCCACACUUCCCCGCCCUCGGCCAGGGAGAUGACCCCGUGACAUCCCGGGAGGGCACGGGGCACGGCGGGCGGCUGCGGCCGGGCGCGGAGCGGGAGAUGAGUGUGGCAUGCGGCCCCUCCCGGCGCUAGCCAGGUGCCGGUGCAGGGCUAGCCCGCCCCGCAGGGGGCGUUGAUUGGAGGGAGGGGGUGUCUGUGUGACAGGCGGAGCGGCCUGCGCAAGUCCUGUCAGACGCGGGCAGGUGGGGGGCACUGACAGGGAGCUGGUAGGGCGGACCGCGGCUGUGCGGUCUGGUAUAGUUCCCGUCCGCCCCCCAUCCCGGUAUGCCAGGAGAGGGGCCAGGCGGAGCGGGGUCACUCAUGAGCGGAGGGGGUGAGAGACGAGUCUGAAAUCCAGGUCAGCCCUGGCUGUGUGAGGGGGCAGUGACUGCGAUAGGGGGCGCGGGGAUGGGGCUGCCCCCUCUUUCUGCCCCUUCUGCGAUCGAUGGUUUGAGGGGCUGCUGCUCGCCAGGAGCGUUUGUGUAGAGGAGGGGGAGGGCAGUUGGAGGGGUCUGGCUUCUUCCCCCUCCUGGAGCAGGUAAAAAGGAGUGGACUCCAGGCAGCCUGUGCUGACAUUGGCUGUGGCCGCAGUGACUCAGAGGCUCUUUCUGCUGAGGGGGUGAGUUUAGGUGGCAGUGGUGUGGGAUUUUACCCCGGCAGGUUAUAAAUAGACCUGCUCAGUCGCUGCUGUGUCAAGGAAGGACACAUUGGCAAGUUCCAGAGAGAGGGAAACUGGGCUGUGUUUAGCUUUUCCCCGCAGACAGCUGCUGCCACCACAAUGAAUGCAAGGAGGAGGCCUAGCUGCUAUUAGCAGGAUCUUGUAAGCCCUAAGGAGUGGAGUGCUGGGUUUUAUCUUAUUUUAUUGUUUUACACAAAAAUAAAUACAAGUAGCCAGAGAGAGCAUCAGAGAGUCUUCCAAAGAAGAAGGACAAAAAACCUUAGUCUCUCAUUUCAGAGAUCUGGGAAGAAACAGACUGGGAGUGAAAAUGAAGCCUGAACGAGGUUUCUACACUUUGACAAUGUACACUCUUGACAACAAACAAUUGGCACCAUGAAAUCUUGGAAGACUGUUCUAAUUGUGACCCAGUUCAAAUCAGUCAUGAAUUUAUAACCAGAUACUUUAGAUGAAUACUUUGAAUAUGAAGCUGAGGAAUUCCUGGUCUCCUUGGCCUUGUUGAUUACUGAAGGUCGAACACCAGAAUUUUCUGUAAAAGGUAGAACAGAGGGUUUCCAUUGCCCUCCAGCACAGUCAAGUCAACCACUAACAUCUAAGCAUGAAUGCACCGACAAAUUGGCCCAGUGUCGUCAAGCCAGACGAACCAGGUCUGAGGUUAUGCUACUGUGGAAAAAUAAUAUUCCUAUCAUGAUAGAAGUGAUGCUACUUCCGGACUGUUGCUAUAGUGAUGAAGGGCCCACCACAGAAGGGAGUGAUUUAAAUGAUCCUGCAAUCAAACAAGAUGCAUUGCUGUUAGAAAGGUGGAUUUUGGAGCCAGUUCCCCGACAAAGUGGAGAUCGCUUUAUUGAAGAGAAGACCCUCUUAUUGGCUGUCCGAUCUUUUGUUUUCUUUUCUCAGUUGAGUGCUUGGCUGAGUGUUUCACAUGGUGCUGUUCCUCGUAAUAUUCUGUACAGAGUAAGUGCUGCAGAUGUGGACCUGCAAUGGACUUUCUCACAGACACCAACUGAACAUGUGUUUCCUGUUCCUAAUGUUUCUCACACUGUGGCCUUGAAAGUCAGUGUCCAGUCCUUGCCUAGACAAUCUAACUAUCCAGUUUUGACCUGUAGUAUUCACACCAGCCUGGGCUUUUAUGAAAAGGGAAUACAAGAACAUAAUGUACAUCAGCACUGUGAUUCCAUUGAGGGAGAGCAGCGCAGCAUGUCCAGUUCACAGCGUUCAUGUGGAAAACAAACAUGGACAUUGAUUCCUGAAGGCUUGCUUAAUGCAAAAAUAUCCCCUGAAUUUACUACAUCAGUGAGAAAUGUAAAACUUUAUCCAGCAACUGGUUUUGGGUCUGCCUAUGGGACAUCACAGUCUAAAGUCCAGUGCUAUAAUGCUAUGGGGGACAAUAAGAAACAGCCACAUGAAACAUCAGUCAGAACUUUUAAAUCCUUUUCUUUGGUUGAUCCCCAAGUUCCAAAUAGUCAGUGUUCCCAUCAGCCCAUAGGAGAGACUAAUCCUUUGAUAGGUUCUUUACUUCUGGAGCGACAGGAAGUUAUAGCAAGAAUUGCUCAGCACUUGAUUCACUGUGAUCCAUCUACUUCACAUGUUACUGGAUGUCCAUUCAACAUGCAUGAAACCAGUCCAAAAGUUUUUUGGAAUACUUAUGAAGAUGAAAGCUUGCUGAAAAAAGGCAAGGAAACAUCCUCUGUUUCUACUAACAUAGAUAUUAUGUUAUCAGAAGACUGUAGUGAAGACAAGACAAGAGCAAUAUCAGAGAACCCAUUGGUUGAUUCCCAUGUUCUUAUGAACCACUGUUCUCAUCAGUCCAUAGAAGAGACUAAUCCUUUAAUAGGUUCUUUACUUCUGGAGCGACAGGAAGUUAUAGCUAGGAUUGCCCAACAUUUGAUUCACUGUGAUCCAGCUACUUCACACAUUACUGGGCGUCCAUUCAAUAUACAUGAAAGCAGUUCAAUCACUUCAAAAGUUUUUCAAAGUUCAUAUGAAGAUGAAAACUUGUUGAAGAAAGGCAAGGAAACAUCCUCUGUUUCUUUCUCUAAGUCUGCCGUUACCAUAAAAGACAGCAGUAAAGUAAAGACUAGAACACCUGAUACUCCUCUUACAUCUUAUAGACUUGAUGGUAUAUUGAAGGCUUCUCCAAAACCCCAAGCAAGAAGAAAACUGAUUCUAGCAAAACCCAGUGAGGUUGUCCAAAACACAUUUCAGCAGACUCCAAAUAAAACUACCAAUUCAUUUACUAGCAUAAAUAUAUCAUGUAGCAAAGAAAAUAAAUCUGAACUGCCAGAUAAACUGGAAACAGUUUCUGGUUGUCCACAUAAAGACCAAAUGACCAACAAAGUCAUUGGUAAACAGUGUUCAAAUUUCAACACAACUGAUGAACAGAUUUGCAAAAAUAAACUUAAAGAAAGAACAAUCAUCAGUGAGAAUAGCAAUGGAGGCUGUUUAAUCAAUCCACAGUUAGAUAAAUCCAAAAUACUUGAAGGUACAAAAAAAGCGACACUAAUGCAGGCAUCUGAUAUUUUGCACAAAAAUGAGCUUAAGUAUUUAGAUAAAGAUCCAAAAAAACCAAAUAUAUGUGAGCAAAAUACCCAACUUGUUAGUAUUGAAAAUUAUUUAAAUAAAGACCAUGACAGUUUCAAAUGCAAAAAUAAGCAAGAUAAACUGAAAACUGCACAUGAUGAGAAUGAAGACCCAACGGACUAUGAAUUUCAAAGCAAUUCUCAGAAGAAAUCUGUAGAAGACUAUUUGGAUAGGUGUCAACGACUGAAGAAUGCAGAUGUGCUGAGAAUACCACCACUCAAGCAUUCAAGUAUAUGGCAGAAACACAAUUUUCACUCUUUGGACGGGACUGUAACCAAGGCUUUCCAUCCUCGAACUGGAUUGCCUCUACUUUCAAGUCCUGUUCCUCAGAGAAAAACACAAUCUGGGUGCUUUGAUCUGGACUCAUCUUUGCUGCGAUUGAAAUGUUUGUCUACAAGGAGGUAUUCAUCCUUUUCUACUUACAAGAAAGUGUGGGAGUGUAUUCAGUGGAAUAAUUACAUAUAUAAACUUCCACAACAAUAUAUAAACACAGACAAUGACCCAGAAGGCCACGGGAAACCAUUUCUGAGUUCCAGUGCUCCACCCAUAACAAGUCUUAGCCUUCUAGGAAACUUUGAGGAGUCUGUCUUGAACUAUCGUUUAGAUCCUCUAGGCAUUGUUGAUGGCUUCACUGCUGAGGUGGGAGCAAGUGGAGUCUUUUGCCCUACGCACAUGACUCUUCCAGUCGAAGUGUCAUUCUACAGUGUUUCAGAUGAUAAUGCACCCUCUCCCUAUAUGGGUGUGAUUACUUUAGAAACCCUUGGUAAAAGGGGUUAUCGGGUACCUCCUUCAGGAACCAUACAAGUGACCUUAUUUAACCCUAAUAAGACUGUGGUGAAAAUGUUUGUGGUGAUCUAUGACUUACGAGAGAUGCCAGCCAAUCAUCAAACAUUCCUACGGCAAAGGACUUUUUCUGUUCCUGUGAGACGAGAAGUAAAGAGAAGCAUCAAUAAAGAAAACAUUCGGCAGACUGAAGAAAGACUACUACGCUACCUCAUACAUCUGAGGUUCCAGAGUUCCAAAUCUGGAAAGAUCUACCUCCACAGAGAUGUAAGACUCCUGUUCUCCCGGAAAUCAAUGGAAGUUGAUAGUGGUGCUGCGUAUGAACUCAAAUCUUACACUGAAUCUCCAACAAACCCUCAGUUUUCUCCAAGAUGUUAGCAAGCAGUGAAAAUCAGAGUAUUAACUGAAUUACCAGAUUACUGUUUACAAGCAAAACUUUGGCAUGGAAUACAGUGUAAAAUUAAAUAUGUAAAGAAAUGAAAAUAGUGCUCAAGUGAGAGUCAAUACUCUUCUGUGAUCCUGGACCAGUUUUUGUAAAAGGUUUCUGGAAUGAGCUUCGUGUAUUCCAAGUAGACUGGAAACAUACUUAAAUCUAAUCUUUUUGUACUGUUUAAAACCACUUCAUUGGAUGUGUUGCAAUAGCAAAUUCCCAAGUUAGUUUAGUGUUUACACCUUUUAUUUUAUUUUUCAGUUAUUUAAUAUUUAAUGUUUCAUUUAAUACUCAAGUGAUGUUUGUCUUUAGUGUUCUAAUGUAGCACAAAUCCUAUGUAAAAUCAUAUGUAUUUUUUGCAUUAAUAAUAUUGAAAUCUGAAAUAUAUACAGAAGUCUUUAAUUCUGUGUGAUGUGUUUUUAAGUGAUAUUCAUUUAAGUUAUUGAAAAUUAGGAUGAAAUUUUGAACUUCCAUAACAUUAUCAUACUAUGCAAGCAUGUGGUUUUCCUCGUUUUCUCUCUCUAAUUUUGGUGACACCCCAUUCUCAUUGCUUCCCACACACAAGUCCUCUUACAGCACAUUCGGCCAUAAUGCAGAAUGUGUUUCUUUAGCUACUCGCUAGUUCAAAUCAUUGACCCAGUUCAUAUUUUGCACCUUUAAUUUCCUUUUUUUUUCCCGAGUGGAUGCUCUACUAAGAACAUUUCUGGUUCUGUUCUAGUUAUCAGUAUAAAAAUGUCAUACAAAAUUAUUAUCCUAUUCCUGAUUUGCUCAAUUGUUUAAAAAUGUACUGUGAAAACAAAUUAGUACUUAUAUCUUAAAUAUAUGCAAAAACUAUUAAA